AUGGAAGCAGCAAGCGCAGCAUAUAAAACUCGUCAGUGUUCUAAGUGUUCAGAGAACACAGAGUACUAUUGCGAAUUUUGUCCAUGCUAUCUGUGUAGAAAGUGUAAAGAAAACCAUGUUAUAAAACUUGGAACAGUAGACCAUAAUAUUGUGACAUUCCGUAAUAAGUUCAACAACAUUUCAGAACAAGAAUUGUGUGUUAGACAUCCAAGCAAUGUUUACAUAAAGUACUGUAAAACUUGCCAAGUUCCCGUAUGCGAAGUUUGCUAUGGGCAUAAAAAGCACAAGAUUCUUAACCCACGAGAAGUUUAUGAAACAAAACGACAGCAACUUAAAGGAACCAUUCAAUCAAUCAGAAGUGAAGCUAUCUUUAAUAGGCUUUUUCUCCUGAAAAAAACUAGAAAUGAUAUCAAAACCUGUCGUUCAGAAUUCUCUUUGUUUCAAUCUGGAAUAAUAUCAAAUGCACAGAAACUGAGGGAUCUCAUGGAGGAUAUGCAAAAAGAUUCCAUGUACAAUGUGUUCAGUGGCUUUAAAUUUAAUCAUAGAUGCUUAAAACAGAAGAUAGAAAUGAUCAGACACAUUUUCAGUCUACAAAUAUUUGUACAAAGAUAUGAACAGUCAGCAUACAGUCCGCUACAAUUCCUCUCCUCCAUAAAGACAGCCCUCAUCCAGAUACAUCUUACACUCCACACCAGCCAGCUCUCCAUGACUGAGUCACUCAACAAGGAGGAUGUGAUGGAGUCACUGAGUGCAAUCCAAAUCACAGAGAGAGGAAACCGACGCGUAACAAAUGAAUCUUUGCUAAAACUGAUGUCUGCUCCCGUUUUUUAUCAGUCUCUAAUUGUAAAAGGUGUUGAUGGUUGUCAUCACAUUUCCUGUGUAACAUCAAAUCGGUUUUGGGUCAGUGAUGUUCACAAUUUUAUCUUGAAAAACACAACAGGUUUCACUUCACAUCAUGUGAAGGAUUUAAGUAGUGAUGAUAUAUUUAUUAGUGAUGGGUCACACACAGUUACCAGUAAAAGUCAGCUAAUUUAUAUAGAUAAGAAAUAUAACAUUAACAAACUUUCGAAGAAUAUGAAAACAAACACCACAUUUGUAGAAAACACGAGUUCUUUUUUAAGACCACGGUGUGUUUUUUGGUCUCUGUCCACGAAUAAUCUUCUGGUCGGCAUGUAUAGCGAGAUAACAAGGACAGGCGAGGUUGCCCGAUACAACAGGAGCGGACUACUGGCACAGACCAUACAACAUGACAACACAGGGCGGGAACUGUAUAGAUUUCCUAGCUAUAUAACAGAAAACAACAAUGGGGAUGUCGUGGUAUCUGACAUUGAUGCUGUAGUGGUGACAGAGCGUGGAGGAAGACAUCGUUUUUCCUACACUGGGCAUUUGUCGGGAUCAAAACUAGAACCGUUUGGAAUCUGCACCGACGCGUUGUCACACAUCCUGGUGUGUGAUGAUGCAACCAAAACAGUGCAGAUGAUAGACAGGGACGGUCAGUUCCUGUCAAAUCUACUAAUAAGAGCACCAGGGAUAUUUAAACCACAAAGCCUGGGUUAUGAUAUCAACACUCAUCGUCUUUGGGUCGGAUCUUGGUACAACAACAAGAUAUGUGUUUACAGAUAUAUAGAUCGUCAGAAAGUUCUAUCAGAUCUGACUCCAGACGAUUUUGAUGCGAUAGAAUCACGGAAUGGACUCCCAACCAAAGAGACAGAAAAGCCACAGCAACAGAACGAGUGUCUGCUUAAACUGUUUUCUUCUCCCGAGUUAUUUCAUUCUUUCAGAGUUCCAGGUGUCCGUCAUUGUUAUCAUAUUUCCUGUAUAUCAUCAAACCUAGUAUGGGUCAGUGAUGAUCACAAUUUUAUUUUGACAAACACAACAGGUAUUACUCAACAUCGUGUAAAGGAUUUAUGUAGAGAUCUAUAUUAUUCCGGAUCGUACACAGUGAACAGCGGUGGUGAACUAAUUUAUAUAGGUAGGAAUCAUAACAUCAGCAAACUCUCAAAUGAUAUGGAAACCACCAUAUUUUUAAGAGGAACAGAGUCUACAUGGAAACCAAGGUGUGUGUACUGGUCCCUAUCCACUGGGGAUCUACUAGUCGGGAUGUUUAACUAUCCUACACGGACAGGCAUGGUAACCCGGUACAACAAAAGCCGACAACACUCACAAACCAUAGAAUACGACAACACUAGACUGGAACUGUAUAGAGAACCUAACUAUAUAACAGAGAACAACAAUGGGGAUGUCGUGGUGUCUGACUAUGUGUUAUUUGAGUCUGGAGCUGUAGUGGUGACAGAGCGUGGAGGAACACAUCGUUUCUCUUUCACAGGGCAUCCAUCAGGAUCAGGACUACAUCCACGAGGAAUCUGCACUGACGCGCUGUCACACAUCCUGGUGUGUGAUGGUAAAACCGACGCAGUACAGAUGUUAGACAGGAACGGUCAGUUCCUGUCACAUCUACUAAUAAGACCAUCAGGGAUAUUCUCACCAUACGGCCUGAGUUAUGAUGUCAACACUCACCAUCUAUAUGUCGGAUCAGAGUACAACAACAAGCUAUAUGUUUAUAGGUAUAUACACCAACAAGAACCUCUGACAGAUGAAUUCACACAUUUUCCUGAUGGGGAUGUCAUGUCCAGCUCAAAACUAGAGUAA